GCACUGGAGCUCCGCCCCCCUGACCAUCCUCGUCGACCCUCAUCUCUCAACAACCUUGUUAACAGCCUUCGAGACAGAUUCCUGCAGCGGGGCAUACUGACUGACCUCGAUGACGCAAUCGAGCUCCAUCGAGUUGAUGCUAUUGGUGCAACACAGGCAUUGCCCCAUCUCACUAGUCAAAAUGCACGCAGGGAACAGAAAAUUGAGCACUGGCGCACAGAAGGGAACUGAUACAGUGAGCACUAGUGCUACUUAAGUGAACCCACAAAUUUCACGGCGAGGCUGUACAGUACAACAGCCUUGAGAAUAGAGCACAUGUCCAUGAUGCCCUGCUACUGCCUCACUUCGAGUCAGCUCAGUGCACAUCACUGUCAGAGAACAAGCGCCCAUAUAGC